AUGGAAGUGAUACAAGUUGCCCAAUAUGAAAGUGAAACAUCUGACGAAGAGAUUAUAAAAGAAAACCAUGAUAUAAAUGAACAAAGAAAAAAAUCUAAAUUUUGGGUUAAAGAAUCUACGUUUGAUAAACCUAGUGAAACAGAAGCAUUAAUUGAAAAUCAGUGGUCAAAACAUUAUACAAAUUAUACAGAAAAUGGAAGAAAAGUUUAUUAUCGAUGUAACAAAGUGAAGCGUCGUGGUCCCCAAUGUAGUGCCAGCAUGUGUCUGCUGUAUCAUGCAGACAGUGACAAAGUUACUUGCUACAAAACUGAAGCUGAACACGAUCAUUAUGAUCACAAAGGUCGUGGUAUUGAUGGAAAUGUUAAAAAGAUUAUAGAAGAAUUGUAUAAUGAUGGUGUUAUAAAGCCCAAACAAAUUAUUCGAGCACUUGAAGCAAGAAAAAUAAAGACACCAACAUACACACAAUUGAACAAUUAUCUUAUUCAUUAUAAAAAAAAGAAAUAUGGUUCAUAUAAAAUAAGCUUAGGUGAAUUAGAAAAAUGGUGCGAAGACAAUGGAGAUAUUCCAAUUGAUGAAAAUAAAGCUUUUGUUGUAUCAUACAAAAUAAUUUAUGAUGAACAAGAAUAUGAUGAUGAAGAUACAGAGGAAGAUAGUGGUAAUAAAUUUCGUGUAUUUAUAUCAUCUGUAUGUUUGCUCAAUAUUGCAUCAAUAUCAUCACAUAUAAAUGCUGAUGCAACAUAUAAAUUAGUCUGGCAAGGUUUUCCUGUAUUAAUUGUUGGUACAACUGAUUUGAAUAAGAAGUUUCAUCCAUUUGGUUUAGCUAUAUGUUCCAAUGAAAAAACAAAAGACUUCGAAUUUAUAUUUAAUGGUAUACAAAUUGGUAUGGAAAAAUUAAAUAAAGAUUUAUUAAAACCAACAGCAUUGAUAUCCGAUGCUGCAGAUGCAAUAAAAAAUGGCUUUCGAAAUGUAUUUAAUAAUGAAUAUAAUCAAAUAAUGUGCUGGGCACAUAUGAAACGAAAGAUUGAUAAUCGUGUAUGCCAUAUAAAUGAUAAACUUAUCGGAAAAGAAAUAAUAGAUGACAUUGAAAUGCUGCAUUUAUCCAAUUCUACUGAAGUAUUCAAAUUGGCAUAUACAUUAUUUAAAAAGAAAUGGAACAUGAACAACAAACAAACCAAUCAGUCAAUAUUGGAUUUUUUGAAUUAUUUUGAUAAUGAAUGGAUCAAAUCAAAUGAUGGUUGGUAUGAAGGUAUACAGUUGUAUGCACCAAGUACAAACAAUGCCUUGGAAGCAACCAAUAAAACAAUCAAAGAUGAUGGAACUUUUAGAGAACGCCACGUUCUAUCAAGAUUUUUGAUAAUAGGUUGUAACAUUGUCAAUAAUUGGUCAAAUGAACGAGAUAUUAAAUCAAUCAAUGCAAAAAUAUUUGCUACUGAACCAACAAUUUCUUUAGAAUUAUGGACUUUGUCGUAUCAAUGGGCAAAAUCAACAAAAGAUAUUAUUUGUAUUUCCAAUGAUUCUUCAAAAACAUGUUAUAUACCAGCUCGUGAUAUACAAUCAAUUACACAAGCCAAUUUAAAUAAAUAUAAAAAUAAAAAAUGGUCUACUUUCAAUCAAUUUCAAAAAUCAUUUGAUAUUUGGUGUAUGGAAAUGAAUGAUUCAACUUGGAAAAAAUCCAAAUGUAACUGUCCUAUUUUUUUCAAGAAUUACAUCUGCAAACACGUCGUUGGUAUGGCUAUUCGCCUGAAGUAUUGUAAACCACCACCAGCAGCAAAAACAGUACCCAUCGGCGAAAAAAGAAAAAGAGGUAGACCAGCAAAAGCAAAACCUGCUUUACUUGUACAAUAA